UUAAACUGUAGAUACAUAUACACCAUUAAGAGAGGCUAUCAUCGAUUAACAGAAUCCCCGUCAUUUACAAACAUUUCAAUGAUGGAUUCCUUAUAUAGUGCCCAAGAUGUUCUCCUUUGUGACCUGUGUAAAAUAGCCGCACUUCAGAGCCAUUGUGAAGUUUGUAACAUUAACCUAUGUAAGGAUUGUGUUGGUGAGCAUCUUUCUGAUUCAUCCAAUAGACACAAUGUCGUACCAUACACGCAAAACCUAUACACAAAGUCGAAAGAUUUAGCGAAAGAUUUGGAAGAACUAGAAAAAAUCAUCUAUCCUGCCUAUGAAAAAUGUUCAAUAGAUUUAAAUUCAGAGAGAUUAGACGUGGAAAAACAUUAUGAGAAACUGGCAAGAGAUAUCAUCAAGGAAGGCGAAUGUUGGCAGAGAGACAUUAACAUCAUUGUCAACAAACAUUUAACAGAGAUAGAUGGAAUGAAGACAAAACAUAUGGCUGCUUUAAUUAAACAGGAAAAAGAAGUUCUCAAAGUUACUUCCGACCUAAAGGUAGCUAUCCUUGAUCUCAGAAAAAUACUAAAAUCUUAUGAUACUUCCAUUACCUCUACGUACCAUUCCCAGAAUGCUGAAUUCAGAAGUUUGCCUCCAAAAAUCAACGUUUCAUUACCUAGCUUUACUUCUCAUCAGAUCAGCAUAGAACACCUAUAUCAGAUGUUUGGAUCUCUAUCAACAUUAUCAACUACAAUACAAGAGCAUGACACAGUUUUAAAGGCAUCGAAGACCAUGCCCUGUCCUGAACACAAACAACUGCUUGAUAAGCCAAAGCUCACAACUACAAUAGAGACCAAGUACGAACUAUUAUACAACAUUACAUGUCUUGAUGAUGAAGAAGUAUGGACAUGUGGCGAUGACAAAAGCAUGAGACUUUUCGAUCUACAGGGUAAACUACUCAAGACAAUCAAUACCAAAUCAGGGAAUGUACCAUGUGACAUAGCAGUGACAAGGAGUGGAGACCUAUUGUAUACUGACCGUGAAACUAAAACUGUUAACAUUGUAAGGAAUACGGAGAUGCAGGAAAUUAUCAGACUAAAGGCGUGGAUUCCUUAUUUUAUCUGUUGUACCUUGUCUGGUGACUUCCUAGUAACAAUGAAAACUGACAAUGGAGACUAUUCAAAAGUUGUCCGUUAUUCCAGCGCCACAGAAAAACAAACCAUACAAUUUGAUAGUAAAGGUCAACCAUUAUAUUCACCGUUUUACUUGAAACACAUAAGUGAGAACAAGAAUUUGGAUAUAUGUGUAGCUGACAAUGGAGCCAAUGUAGUCGUAGUGGUUAAUCAGGCAGGAAAACUCCGAUUUCGAUACACUGGUCAUUCCACUUCUGGGCGAUCAUUCAAUCCAGCAGGUAUCACGACAGAUUGCCUUAGUCAAAUCCUCACAUUAGACAAUAAAACCAGCUGUAUUCACAUUCUAGAUCAGGAUGGACAAUUUCUCCGUUACAUUGAUAGUUGUGAUCUUCAUCACCCUAGGGGGAUCUGUGUCAACACCAAAAACUACCUCUUUGUGACGGAAUGUCAUAGUGGAAAAGUAAAGAGAAUAAAAUACAUGCAGGACAUCCAAUAGCUAUAUGUACUAAUUGUAUUUAUGGUCGAAUUGUUUCAUGUACG